AUGACAGGAACCGAACGAAAAUGCUUCCAAAAAUACUAUCCAUCGGAUUUUGAUCCGUCCAAAAUUCCACGUGGCUCUAAAUCUGGUCCGAAACAAUUCGUGCAACGAGUCAUGGUUCCAUUCAAUAUUCAAUGCAAUUCUUGCUCCCAACACAUUUAUAAAGGACGAAAAUUCAAUAUGAAUCGAGAGAAAGUUGAAGAAGAAACGUAUCUCGGUCUGAAAUUAUUCCGAUUCUAUAUGAAAUGUCACAAUUGUUUGUCUGAAAUUGUGUUCCGAACUGAUUUGGAGAAGUGUGAUUAUAAAAUGGAACAUGGAGCAACGAGGCUGUCUGAAGGAGGAUCAGGGGAUUUCAAACAAGAGGGUUCUGAAGAUUCGGAAGACGUGCUGGAUCCAAUGACACUUUUGGAGAAAAGAGUGAAACAAAGUAAUGUGGAAAGGAAGAAAAUUGAAGAAUUGGAGGAUCUUCAGGAGAUGAGAAACGGAAAAGAAAGCGUGGAUGCGUUGGAGAUUCUGAAAGCAGAAGAAGAGAAACAGAAGAACAAAGAGAAAGAAGAAGAAGAUCGGAUAGUAAAAGAGAUGCUGAGUGGAAGAGUUAAGAAGACGUUGGUAGAUUCUGGAGCAUCCACAUCGUCGCAAAAGCCUGCGAAUUCACAUGUGAAGAGGAAAAUAGAGCAGAAAGAUCGGUUCAAUGGCUUGAAGCUUAUCAAAAAAGCAUCAGAAUCCUCACCAUCUGGACUCGAACUUGUCUCCGUUUACGAUUCGGAUUAA